AUGUUUACCCCAUCCUUACUCCGGCUUGGGUUAGCCAUCGGAUUGGCUGGACCGAUCUAUGCUUCCCCUUCUGCACCACGCACAAGAGAUGACCUAUCCGAUGACCCAUUACCUAUUGUUGUUUGGCACGGUCUUGGUGACCAAUUCAACAGCGACGGAAUGAAGAGCAUCCAAGCCCUCGCUGACGACAUCCACCCAGGAACCUAUGUUCAUAUCAUUGCCCUCGAUGGAGAUCCCAGUCAGGAUCGAGCGGCCACUUUUAAGGGAAAUGUCUCGGACCAAGUCAGCAAGGUAUGCGAGGAACUGGCCAAGCACCCCAUUCUGUCUACUGCGCCUGCUAUUGAUGCCAUCGGUAUCUCUCAGGGCGGACAAUUCCUCCGCGCUUACGUCGAGCGCUGCAACUGGCCACAAGUCCGUAGUCUCGUCACAAUCGGCAGCCAACACAAUGGCAUCAGCGACUUCGACGUCUGCCGCCCUACCGACUGGCUCUGCAAGGGAGCUAUGGCUCUCUUGAGACUCGGUACCUGGAGCGAUGCCGUACAGUCGAACGUCGUCCCCGCGCAAUACUACCGUGACCCAGCAACCGAAGACGCUUACAACAAAUACCUUGAGAACUCCCACUUUUUAGCCGACAUCAACAACGAGCGCGAGUUAAAGAACGAAAAGUACAAGGCGAAUCUGAGCAAGUUGACCAACUUCGUCAUGUGGAUGUUUGAGGACGAUGAACUUGUCAAACCGAAGGAAUCUUCGUGGUUUGAGGAGGUCAAUGGCACAGAGGUUAUCCCUCUUCGAGCUCGCGAGCUCUAUCGAGAGGAUUGGCUUGGCCUUCGCGAGCUUGACCGCAAUGGUGGCCUCAGAUUCCGAAGUGCCCCUGGUACACACCUCCAGAACCUCCCUGAACUAAUGAACGAGACAAUCACCAACUACUGCGGCCCGUGGAGACGAACCUUUGAGUCGGAAAUGAAGGACUCCGGGAAUAGGUUGGAGUUGGUUUGA